GAACGGGUUAAGGUCGAACGACACCGCAGUCGCAUUCCAGCCGCCGAUGACGCGCUUCCUGUGACGCAGUGAGAUUUUAAAACAUUGUCCUUCUCAGUAAUGGCGGCUUCGUUCCCUUCGCUUUCGCUAAAUAACAAUAAAUGGUACUUCACGCGCGAACAAAUCGAAAACAGCCCAUCUCGCCGAGCGGGACUUGAUCCCGACAAAGAGCUCUCGUACCGACAGCAAGCCGCUAACCUGCUGCAGGACAUGGGACAGCGGCUCAACGUGUCUCAACUUACAAUUAACACUGCCAUUGUGUAUAUGCAUCGGUUCUACAUGAUCCAGUCCUUCACUCGCUUCCACCGGAAUGUGAUUGCUCCUGCAGCUCUCUUUUUAGCCGCGAAAGUGGAAGAACAGCCCCGCAAGCUAGAGCAUGUGAUUAAGGUGACCCAUGCGUGUCUCAAUCCUCAGGACCCGUCACCAGACACCAGGAGUGAUACAUACCUGCAACAAGCCCAAGACCUGGUCAUUCUUGAGAGCAUUAUACUCCAGACCCUGGCUUUUGAGAUCACCAUUGAUCAUCCCCACACACAUGUUGUCAAGUGUACCCAGCUUGUGCGAGGUGAGAACCACCUGCUCACUAUAAACUGUGCUUCGUAUUGCUCAGUUAUGGAUACUUCUAGCUCACCAAGCUCAAAGAUUUCACGUCUUGAUUAUGAGCUUCCCUUUGUUGUUCCAGCGAGUAAGGAUUUGGCUCAAACCUCAUAUUUCAUGGCAACAAACAGUCUCCACUUGACUACAUUCUGCCUUCAGUACAGCCCGCCCAUCGUAGCUUGUGUUUGUAUACAUCUGGCUUGCAAAUGGUCCAACUGGGAGAUUCCAGUUUCCACAGACGGCAAACACUGGUGGGAGUAUGUUGACCCCACUGUGACCCUUGAACUGUUGGAUGAGCUCACUCACGAUUUCCUGCAGAUCUUGGAGAAGACGCCCAGCCGCUUAAAACGCAUCAGAAACUGGAAAGCUGCAGGUCAAACUGCCAGGAAAUCAAAAGUGCAAGAUGGUGAUCAGUCAGAAGCCAUUUUGAACAUGAUCUCCAUGGCAUCGUCCGACACUACAUUGGCCGGGCUGAUGAGCCUCUCCGCCCCACCCUCCGGUUCCUCCAUGGACUCGGCUGACGACCACAGCGCUGCUCCCUCAGCCCAACACUGGCAGCCUCCUGCCAAGGAGCAGCCCACAACCAAUGAGCUUCACGCACCUGCUAAGAUGUCUCUGAAUGAGUAUCGGGUGAAGCACGCAGACGAGCUGGCGGCGCAGAAGCGGAAUUUGGUGAACAUGGAGGCUAGUGUGAAACAGGGAUACGCCACUGCCGCCCAGGCCCUCAUGAGCCAGCAGAGGAAGGAGAAGCACCAUCACCACCAGCAGUCCAGCUCUAGUUCCUCAGACCAAAACAACCCUUCACCUAUCGUCCUAAAGAUCCCACUGGACGAGCGAACGGAACGUAGUUCCAUAAAAAUGCGCUUCCCAGUGCCAGGCCAAUCAAGCAGCAGUGGGAACAGCAGCAGUAGCAGCAGUCGAGGAUCCGAGCCGGAUAUUAAAGUGCGGAUUCGGGUUCCAGAAAGGCGUAGCGGGUCCGGAGAAGACGGGAAAAGUCGCGAGAAGCACCGAGAGCGGUCCAACCACCAUCACCAUCAUCAUCACCACCACCACCACCACUCCUCCUCUUCCACCACUGGCUCUUCCUCAUCCUCAGCACAAAAACACUCAAGUUCUGCCAGCUCUUCAGGAAGUAGCAAAAAGGUCUCAGGUGACUCUAUGCGAACAAGUUCUUCGUCAUCCUUGUCCCGGAAAAGGACCCACCCGCCAGAUCCUUCUUCUGGCACCCAUCCCUCGAAAGUCAGCAAAUCGUCCAGAAACUCGUUUCAGUUGCCGACACUUCCUGGAGCGCCCUCCCACGCAAUGGGUCAGGGGUCCGACAUCCUUCCCUCGCUGAGCCUCUCGCACCAUCAGGGAAACUAUUCACACUCCAAGUUGGACAAAGCCGACACGAACGGCCACAAUACAGGCAGCCAGUCCAACGAGUACCAGGACACGUUUGACAUGUUGAACUCGCUGCUCAGUGCGCAGGGGGUGCAGCCAGCACAACCUCAGAUCUUUGACUAUCGCUCUCAGUAUGGAGAGUAUCGGUAUAGCAGUAGCGCUCGUGGAGGAACCCAAGCACCACCUUUACCCUCAGAACCACCUCCACCUCUGCCCCCACUGCCCAAAUAAUACCCUUUCCACUCCUCUGUCCACAUACACUGAUCAAAUCAGUCGUCUUGGGAAUCCUGGGUUCCUUUUGUGCAUCUAACUUAGUGAUACUGAGUUUGACAGCAGAGUAAUGUAAGGCAAAAAAAGUACCUGGUGAAUCUUUGCCCUCAUGUUGUCUUGCGUUUUGUGUGAGCAAGUGUGUUCACAACACCCAUCUGUGGCAAUAAUGUUAAAAUAGAACAAAAUAUUGCAAAAAAAAAAGCAAAAAUGUUAUUUAUUGAAAAAAAUAUUGUACAUACUAUUUUUGAUGUUGCUCAGUUUUAUAUCAGCGCUAACAGAAAAGUAAAAUGGAAUUAAGGGUAAAUGUAUUACUGAAUGAGAGGGAGCCAUUGUCCUCUUUAAAAAAAAGUGUAACUGAAUGCAAAAAGGAAAAUGUUUUUGUUUAAUGUAUGGAUUUAAGUCUUGUUAACAAUAUAUGUCUUUUUUAUCGAGUAUGGUAUUUAUUAUUAGCCUUUUAAAACCAUAGUUAUUAGCAGUCGUUGCUUGAAUGCGUCAGACGAUAUCUGGAUUUAUUUUUAUACUGUUGUAACCUGCUUCCCAGUCUGUAUUUACUUGAUAUGUCAUGUAUCUUUUGAGAAUGGACAUACAAAAUCCCCAAUAUUUGCAUCAAAAUGUAUGUUUUCAACAUAUGAAUAGUCACUGAAGUAAUGUUUUGAUUUUGUUUGGUAAAUAUUUGUGGUGUUGAUUUUGUAUUGAUUCUGUAAAUGACUAAAAAUUUACUAUUUUUACAUUUUUCAAAGAAAAAAAAGAAACAAGAAUAUGCCUAAUUUCAGGAAAGUAUGUCUAGACCUACGAUUCUAGAUUUGAGUCAGAUGCAGUCAUUGUUUUAAAUGGUUGUAGAAUAUCACGCUCAUAUAUGAUACACUAUACACAACAGUAUGUCCAGCUUGUACUCGUUUUUAUUUUUUUAUUUCUGUUUUUGUUUAGUUUUUUCCCAGCAACACAAAAGGUAGAUACAGGCUAUUCAUCAUUUUAUAAUGUAACUGACUCAUAAAUGGCCUUUUAAACUUGAGUGAAAAUCAAUCUGUGAUGGGUAAAAAUACAGUCCAAAUGAAGCAUCUUUCCACCAAAAUUUAAAUUCUGUUAUUUGCUCACCAUAAUGUUUUUCCAAACCUGUAUGACUUCCUCAAAAUGUAUUUUGUCCAUAUAAUAUGAAAGUCUAUGGUGUUUGAUGUUGUUUAGACCCUAAAAUAUCUUCAUUUUUGGAUGACUGUCUCUUUAAAUAUGCCGUCUCUUGUAAGGUCUGUUAGCAUUUGAACACUCAGAUCAACACUUGUAGAGCAAAUGCAGAGAAUGCUGACCGCUCAUGUUUAUUUUUUGUAAUACCUCCAUUUUUGUUUAACCUUGUAAUUGUAUCAAGGUCUUUUGUGUGUGUGUGUUUAGGAAUGACAAUAAGCCAUCCGAUCCUGAUUCAUGAAAUUAAAACUGGUGGGAACUUGAAUGUUUUGAGCCAGUCAGUUUGUACCUUUAACAAGAUUGUCUCCAUAUUCAUAUCUUGCUUGAUCAUGUUUUUGUAUGCAGUUAAUAAUGCAGAUUACUUCUCUAACUGUCCUCUGAAUUAAUGGCAUGACUUUCAUUGAUCAAUUUACAGACAAAAAAGUGGAAGCAUGAAAUUGAGUAUCUACUGUCAGAGUAAAUUUUACUUUAUAGUUCCUUUGAUGAGAUGCUAGCAGUGAUUCUGCCGUCCUUUUAUUGUUUUCCUGAUCGUGCCUGUUGAUGUUGAGGAACAUUUCAGGAACAUUGUGAAAUAUAAUGAAACACUAUAAGCUAUAAAAGAUCUGUUUUCACAGUUUUGGCAUAUAUUCCCUAUAUGAUGCACUCCUCAUUUCCUGUCCAUGUUUCUGUUAUUGUUCCUAAGUAGAAUUUGAAGGUUUACCAUCAUGUUUUAGCUUUGUGUUUGCCGGUUUCUAGUUUGGUUCAGUAAGACUGAAGAGAAGGCGUUCUGUGGGUCUAAUGCAAUUCAUGUCACCACUGUAUUUUCUAUGUAUCUCCGUCUCAAGAAUAUAGCAUUUUAUCAAAUGUAUAUACUGUUUUCUGUGUUUUAGUGGUACCACAUGAACUCUCAGGUUUUGAAUUGAAUUGUUGGGGUGUUUCUUGUCAGAAGUUAAGGUUUGCAUUUUUGUGAACUUGGUUCCUUUUGAUAAAUGUGGUUGACGUACAAUAAUGUUUUAUGAGAAACAUACUUGUGGCUGUUUUUCUUAUACCGAUUGCAGUGUAAAUUGUAAUAAUGUGACAGACGUUCUACUCAUGCUUCUUGCAGUAAAUUCACAGAUUUUUAUACAACAAAUUGACCAGUUUUGCUUCCACCUGAUGUCAACAUCUUCAUGGUUUGCCUUUGAAUUCAGUGCUGGAAUAAAGAUAAACAAGAAACGUUAAA